AUGUACAUAUGAUUUUUUUUCACACAAUUACGUUUCUAAAUUUCUUGAUAAAUUCGCCAAGCUUUAAAUAUUGCCGCUCACCUCAUUCCUUGGAUUUCUUGAUUGAUUUAUCGUCGCGUUGACGUCGCCUUCCACGUGGGUGCUGUGUUUGACAUCCUGCGGUCUCGUUCGCCUGCGCCGGACUUCCAUCGCGCAAAAAAUGUAACCGGAAAAGAACGAAAAAGAGAGAAAAACGAGCACUUAUUCGAUUUUCUGAAGGAAAGGAAAAAGAUAACAGUUCUAGAUCGACUGACCGCGAUUUCCUGCAUUCGAAUUUUCGCUCGACAAAUUUCUCGUUGCGGUCACAUUUCGCGAUGAAAAACACUCUUGUUCUUAACACGUCAGCUACUAGAUGAUGCUGGAUACUCUCUACCUCACUGUUCAGAAUUCUUCAGGGAUAUCCUCGAUUUUUUGAACCGCGAGACGUUUCUUCAGCGAGUCUAUUUUCGAGACAAAUUACUGAUGUGUGAUUUAAAGUCCGAUUUCAACGGAGGCUCGCCUAGGAUUCAUCAUCCGUCAAGUUUGACAUUUGACGUACGAGAUGAUUUAGAUUUUAGGUUAGUGCACGCGAGUUUAACAUAACGGUACCGUCUCCGAGGAUCCUGUUCAGUGACAGUUCUGCGCAUUCCGCGGCAAUCUUGCCGCAAGUUUCGAGACGUUUGUUCCUCUUCAGGAUUGUAGGGCAUUUUAUCCUUGCAGUGUAGCUAUAGUUAGGAAAAACUUGCCAUAAGAUUUUCAAUAUUUUAUCAUUGCACAAUAUCCGUUGAUGAAUAAUUUUUAAACAAGAAGUUGAAGACAAAAAUUAAUAUAUUAUUAUUAGUAAAUAUGGAUACCAAUAAAAUAUCAUGUCCAAUAUGUGGCAAGGAAUUUGCUUCCUCUGUUAUUGAGUCUCAUGCCAACAAGUGUUUAUUCUUUAAUGAAUCUGUGAAAGAAGAAUCGACUUCAUUUAAAGAUUCAAGUCCUAUAAAUCAAAAAAGUUUAUUUAAAGAUUCAAGUCCUGUUAAUCAAAAAAGUAAGUUAAAACCAACAAAUAUAAAAAAAGCAAAUCCAGUGACUUUAAAAAGAAAGAGUUUUUUGGAUCAAUGUUCUUCCCAGAAUUUUCACAAGGAUGAAGAGGAUGUUAAAAAUGACACGCUACAAAAAACUACAAGUAAUGAGAGCAAGAAAUUGCGUGGAAAUGAACGUAUACCUCUUGCAGAACAAAUGAGACCUACAUCAUUAUUGAAUUUUAUUGGCCAGAAACAUAUUCUUGGACCAAGUACUAUGUUAUCGGAGCUCUUGCAAAAGAAGGAGAUACCUAAUAUGAUUCUAUGGGGUCCACCUGGAUGUGGCAAGACAUCCUUGGCUAAUGUCAUCGCGCACAUAUGUAAAAACGACACGAGUCGUAAACUCCGAUACGUUAAACUCUCUGCGGCGAUGGCUGGCGUCCAGGAGGUAAAGGAAGUUAUUAGCGUAGCUGCGAAUCAUGCUAAAUUUGCGCAGCAAACGAUAGUAUUCAUGGACGAGAUACACAGGUUCAACAAGACACAGCAAGAUGUUUUCUUACCACACGUUGAAUCAGGAACCAUCACUUUGAUCGGUGCUACGACAGAAAAUCCUUCAUUCAAUCUCAACUCCGCAUUAUUAAGUCGAUGCAGAGUGAUCGUUUUACACAAAUUGUCUGUCGCAAACUUGGUAUCAAUUUUAAAACAUGCGGUAAUUUCACUGGAAGGAAUAAUAAUACACAUGACGGAUAAAAGCAUGUUGCAAAGUGAAGAAAGUACUUCAAAUGAAAGCAAAAUGGAGCCAUCCUAUAAUACAAAGUUCAUUAUAGACGAACCAACGAUAGAAUGGUUGGCUGAAACUUGUGACGGUGAUGCUCGAAUAGCUUUAGGAGGACUAGAAAUGGCUGUGCGAUCUAAAGCACCAAAUCAAGAGGAACUACUGGAUGUCGGACCGGCCAUAAUAACGCUGAACGAUGUUGAAGAGAGUCUGAAAAAAACGCACAUGUUAUAUGAUAAGAAGGGUGAUCAACAUUACGACAUAAUUUCCGCGUUACACAAGUCAGUCAGAGCUAGUGACGAAAAUGCUUCUCUUUAUUGGUUAACUAGAAUGAUCUCCGGCGGUGAGGAUCCGGUUUAUAUCGCACGAAGAUUAGUAAGGAUGGCCAGCGAAGAUGUUGGCUUAGCUGAUCCAAAAGCUCUCGGGUUAGCGAUGCAUACAAUGCAUGGCUGUAAAAUGAUCGGGAUGCCGGACUGUGAUGUUCUUUUGGCCCAGUGUACAAUAUAUUUGGCAAAAGCUCCAAAGUCCAGACUGAUGGAAGACGCACUUAGAGCUGCACAAAAAGUCGUAGCUGAGCAUAAGGGCCCGCAACCAGGAGUGCCUUUAUAUCUAAGAAAUGCUCCCACGAAACUCAUGAAAGAUUUAGGACAUGGUAAGGGAUAUAAUAUGAGGCAUAAAGAUGAAUCUGGAUUGAGUUAUCUACCAGAGGGAUUGGAAGAUUUAGAUUUCCUUGGUGAUGAUGAAGAUGAUACAAUGUAAAAAUAUGAUGAUAUUUGCUUUAUCUCAAAGGUACAUUUUAUCAUGUAUACAUAUAUAUAUAGGUAUAUAUGAGUUUCAUAUUAAUAAGAAAAAAAAAUAUAUAAUUUGUAUUGUAUUUGUUACUAACAUACUUAUAAAAAUCUCAGAUCUCUCAGGGAUUAAAGUUUUAAAUAUCAUAAACGUUAAUGUAAAAAUUAUAGAAAUUGUGUA